UGCAUAAUAGCGCAUGCUGGAGCUCGGUGUGGGCCUACUUCAGAUGUGUGUGUGGAGCCUGAAGGUCGGAGUGCUGGGAGUGUGUGUGUUAGUGUGUGUGUGUCAGAUGCACUGUAGGCUACUGAGGCGGCAUCAGCUUGAGCAAGGCAUUUCUCUUUACCCCGACAAACCUUCAGGGGGCUUUUAGCAUUUGUUCAGUCUGCAGUCUCUGGAAAACAUCUGAUUCAUUUUUUAACCAGUCCCAGAUGCGGCAGCGUGAGAGUGUGUGUGCAUGAGCGCGUCAGUGUGAGUUUGUCAGUGCAUGAGAAUUUGGGGAGAAUAUCUGCUGUCUAGAGAAGGGGAGGGAAAGAAGAACCGUGUGGAUUUUUUUUAAUAUAACUUUUUAGGUAUGAACGCAGCGUGCGUCUCAUACUGCGAUAUGACAUCGAUGGAUUCAUAUUAUAGCACUUCUACUGCGCAAGGUAGGGAUCACCAGGCGAACCCGUUCAGGACUUUCCCGACCACUGAAGCCAAAUACAGCCCCACGUUCAUUCCGGGUAAAGGGCAGGCUUACGGAGAGAAGUCCCGGAGUCCUUUCCAGCCGGAGUGCCAGUCACUGGAUGGCGCAGAGGAGGGCACCUUCAGCAAAUACCAGCUCUUCAUGCAGCGACCGACCUGCAAAACUCCGCCCGAAGGCGGCAAGCUGCACCCGGACAGCGGACACAACGGGACGCUCAUUGCCUGCUAUGGAAAAGACAACAGUGGCCUGACAGAGUCUGAGUUGCCCCCGAGUGUUGACCCUCCCGGGAUGGAGGGUAGCUACCUGAACCUGAAAGUGCCAGGGGAGAAGGGGCUGAGCGAGCGGCCGGGCUCAGAACUUUCCAGCCCUCUGGACAAAAGUGAGGCAGAGAGCAACAAAGGCAAGAAGAGACGCAAUCGCACCACGUUCACCAGCUACCAGCUGGAGGAGCUGGAGAAGGUUUUCCAGAAGACACACUACCCAGAUGUUUAUGCCCGCGAGCAGCUGGCACUGAGGACGGACCUGACGGAGGCUCGUGUGCAGGUGUGGUUCCAGAAUCGCAGAGCCAAGUGGAGGAAGAGGGAGCGUUAUGGCCAGAUGCAACAGGUCCGGACACACUUCUCUACUGCUUAUGAGCUGCCUCUACUGACUCGGCCUGAGAACUACGCACAGAUCCAGAACCCUUCGUGGAUCGGGAGCAGCAGUGGAGCAUCUCCAGUGCCGGGUUGCGUUGUGCCUUGUGACUCCGUCCCCUCUUGCAUGCCGCCUCACCCUCACGGUCCUGGAGGUGUCUCUGACUUCCUGGGCGUGCCCAGUCCGGGGAGCAGCCACAUGGGACAGACACAUAUGGGCAGCCUUUUUGGAGGUCCCGGGAUGGGCGGGGGAAUCAAUGGCUAUGAUCUCAAUGGUGAUCCAGACCGCAAGUCUUCCAGCAUAGCUGCGCUGCGUAUGAAGGCCAAGGAACACAGUGCAGCCAUCUCUUGGGCUACAUGAUGCCUCGGCCCAGUUCCACCCUGCCCCCAUAAGGCCCUCGACUCUGGAGCAGCCAACAGCGAGCGCUGUGGGGGAGGAGGGAGUUUUCCUGAGAGCACUAACGAUAACACAGGUCAAAUGAACAGGGAGAGACUGUGGAGAUAACAGAGGCCAUUACAGCGGCCAGCGUAACCGAGAUAACAACUGUGGCUGUGACAAUCAGCAGAUGCUCAAAGUGAGAGAAAUACAGAGGUGUGACUCAGAAGAAGAUGUCACCGAGAAGUGUUCAUUCUUGAUUCCUUGAUCUCUCAGGUCUCAUUGAAAUAUGAGGUUUAGUCCUCAAUAAACUGGGUAUCAUUCAUGAUAAUGAAAGGUUUCAGUAAAAUAAGCAAUAUAAUAAAUAUGGUUUACAAAUUGCUUUCAUAGAAGCCAGGAUUUCAGUGCCAAAUCCAGCUUUUUCAUACAGUAUUUUCAUUUACAGAGGCUUGAUUCACGUUUUUACUUCCUUUAGUUUGUUACACCGCCCAUCCCACCACACUCAUUUUAUGUGUCUUACUUUGGACAUGUCUCUUAUUCCACAUACAUGAGUUCAAGUACAUAUCUAAACAUUCAGUAUUUGCAUUUUAAAAGCCAUGUAAAAAAAAAAAAAAAAAAAACAAGGCCAAGCUUAGAUGGAUUUUCUGUCACUUACAAAGCAUCCGUUAAAGUAUAGGUUCCCAACCUGGGGGUCCCAGCCCCCCUAGGGGUCACCAAAGCUUCAGGGGGGGUUGCUAGCCCUUCCUGUUUUUAAAGGGUGUAAGAAAACUUAAAAGAUAAAGUAAAUAACAUCUCAGCAUUACAUUUAUUUCUGUGACAAAAACUAAAUUAAGUUGUAUAUUUAAAGCUCAGAUUAUCAUUUGAGAUAUAUACUUCUCACAAAAUCUUACAGGAUAAGGGACCUGAACACAAGCUAUAUUCACAGAGCCUUAACUGUCUGCCAAACAGCCUGCUCCUGCAUUUGAAAGUAUGCAGUUCGAACAGAGGUAUGGCUAAGCAUCAGGGAGAAGAAAACACUUCAACACUUAAAAAAGAAAUCUAUUAAGUAUGUAAGAUUGUUAAAAAUGAAAAUAAAAAAACACAAUUCAGAGAAUCGUAAAAAAAACAAAGUAUAAAUAAGUUAAUUGUACAGUUUUUGUUAUCCAUUGAAUAUAAAAUAAAAUAUCUAUAAAAUAUCGGGUUCACGUCAGGUUUGUCAUUUAACUCAAAGAUAGAAAAGGGGUCCCUUAAGUAAAAAGGUUGGGAACCACAGCUUUAAAGCAAACAAUCAAAGAAAACAAUUUUUUGGAAGCCUGCGGUGGGUAGUUUAUGUCCCUGCAAAGGACAGAGGUUGAAUGCAAUAAGCGAACAGAGUCUAAUUGAGCGAGAGCAGACAUGAGCCUGUGCCAAUUUAUUCUGGGAGGAGGGCAGGCCUUGGAUUGGCAGCAAUUUCAAACCAACGUGUCAUUUCCUCCCCCAGGGCUGCCUCCACAGGUUCCCCUGCUAGGCACAGGCCUCAGGUUACAGGAAACACCGUCUCAACCGACAGACAAGGCGCAGCAACGCACAGCAGCAGCCUUCAACACCAACUAGCUACGCCAGCUUCAAUCAGCAACCACCGGGAAUAGACACACUUAAUUAGCUUCAAAGUGAGCCGUCCUGCCCUGCGAACACCGUAGCACAUCACAGCGUACACGGCGAGGACAUGCUGCACACACAGUUCCACACGCUGUAAUAAUCAAUUCGUCGUCAGACGUGGGCUCAGCAGAGAUGACUCUUGGAGUUUGUAGCUCGCUCACACAAUCCGCCACAUGCCAGAGACUGCAGGCCAAAUCAGUGGCCCCAAUCGUCCCGAGGAGCAUUCUGUAAUGUUUAGGUAAUGUGAUGACUUUAGAGCUGGACUGCAGGAAUGUGGUGAAUAUGUCCAGUGAUUGCAGGGGUGUCUCUGUGUGUUGCCCCGCCGGAAUAAGCUUGUCACCAGAGCUGGGCUGCAGGCUGAGGCUAGAGACAGGCUUCAUUAGUCUUUUGGCUGAUCUCUCUGUGACGCCUGCUGGGCUACAUAUCCGUUUUCUUUCCCUGGUGAGGAUGAUGGCAGGAGAGUCUGUUUCUGCUCCUCAUAGCUGGUUGAUCAUUGUAACAUAUGAGUGCCCGUUAAAGUCCUCCAUCUUGAGAGUAAGACUAAAAUUUAUGACUGUUUUCAGUAUUGAUUUAUUUUCUCGAUUGUCGAUUGUUCGGUCUUUAAAAUCAGGCCUUUCAAGAUAUUGCGAUUCCGCAAUCAGCACGAUACACGCAAAUUAAACCAAUCCCCAUGAGUUCUGUGUGACCUUGCAAUUUCGUCAAAUCAUUUUUUUCGCAAAUUUGACCAGUUUUCAUAGUUUCUUGUGAGUUUCACCAAGCAUAGCAGUCUUCACAUGUCACCAAACUCACUUCCUUGGUUUUUGGUGUGAAGAUGCUGACAUGUGACAUGAACGUUUCUCAUUUGGAGGUAAACUGUUUUGCCCUGUGUGCAGCAUUGUGGUGGAACAUGAACAACAUCAAUUGACAAAUACUUUUUUACUGCAAAAAACACACCCAGAGAAUGACUGAAAUGCUUUGACAAGAGACUAGAUUAACUAUGCAGAGUUAGUGGUGACGUUAGUGUAGUAUGAAUUGCAAAUUUAGAACAGUGGGUUUUAUUCUGAGUUUUAAUAAAUUAUACAGCUGUUUUUGCAGUUUUCACUUGCUCCACCCAUUUCAUCACGAAAAAAAAAAGCCUAAAAACAUCACCACAUGCGUUGGAGCGUUUCAGAGCACAACAAUCCCCUCCCAAAAAAGCACAAGAAAACCUGGAGGGACUGUAAAGUGCCAGAAAACUGUGAAAAAUCACAUUCCUGAUCUUUUAAAACCCAAAUGUUACUUCUUCAAGUGUCACAUAUUCAGUUUACUAUCAUAUAAGAUAAAAAAGCAGCAGAGUCAAAGGCUAGAACCAGAGAACAUUUGUCAUUUUUGCUUGAAAAAUUAUUUGAAAUUAUUAUAAAGAUAGCCGUGGAUUAUUUUUCUGUCGACCCAUCAUUGCAGCUCCACAGUUCCUGCUUUUAAUUGUAGAAAUGACUUGCAAAUCUGUAAUUUUUUCCAUAUGAAAGAAAAAACAAUUUGAAAUUCCUAAUAUCAUCUGCUGACAAAACAGAUUGUUGUUGCCUUAAAACCAAGCCCUUUCAUGUCAGCAGCGAAUAAACGAGGUGACAACAUGAUGAUUACUUUGACAUGACUGCUCAUGCUGUGAAUAUAUUCUACACAGUGGGUUCAUUGGAAUCGAAUAAAAAGACAAAAGGCCUCUAAAAUAAAGCCAUGACUCUCUGUCCAAUAAAGAUUUUGAAUGAGUAUAGUCUUUGUUCGAUGGGAGUGAUAAUAAUCAAACACAUUAUAAAAACAGUAUGCGAUCAAAUUAAAUUAUUACAUGACUUUUUUGUGUGACUGAAUUCCUACUUUGUUGAGUGUGUCUUCCCGCUGGUCCUCCCUCAGUGCUCCACUCCUCUGCAGCUCCGUCCGUGUUGAUACUACUGAAAUAAAGCAAUUGAGAUCCAUAGUUAUAAUGUCGUAUUGUGUGAAUGUGGGCAAUAUUAAUGAUAUUGUUCUUUUGCUUGUACAUUUGUUUCGCUUAUUUUGUCAAAUAAUGGACCUCCAGAGAUAAACCAUUGAAGUAUUACAAUAAUCUUGCCAAGAAAUGUAAAAUUAUGUUUUGUGUGUGUUAUUCUGAAGAGUUGCUCUGGACUUUACCGAGGUUGAAAUUGCUUUCUAAUUUUCUUAUGGCUUUAAGCAGCUUUUUUUUGUAUAUUAAUCAAGUAUUUCUACUUCUGAUUGUGACGUUAUAUAAUGUGCCAUUGCAAUAAGUUAUUGCACUUACAGUGUUGGAGAAGUUUUUAUUUUUGACUUAUACUGGGACAGUGGCCUCUUUGCUAAAGCCAGAGGCGUGUGGUUUUGUGUCCCAACAGUCGAAAACUGUCUCCUAAGCCCGUCCAUAUUUAGCACCAUGAACAGCAUCACUGACAUCUGUUUAAAGUGCCUGACAUUUGUUUGUACAGAAGUAACUUGCUGUUUCUGUUGAUGAUGGUUUUGAAGUGAUUUUGAAAUAAAUGAGU